AUGUCCAUUCUAGAUGACUUUAUGGAGUCAUCAGAAGCGGCUCAUGGAGCCUCAACUAAUCAAUUCGACAUCAACACCUUCGCACCACUGCACGAUUUUGAAGGGCAGGAUAACAAUAUUCGAUUGGAAACAGGCUACGUGUCUACAGGUUUUGGUCAAGCUGAGGAACCUAUAUUUGCCCUGGAUUAUGUUCAGUUUCAAAUGGCUUCCAAAAUGGUAGACAUGGCUGUUUCGAACAAUAUCUUGGUAGUUGCUUUGGAAAACUUUCGCUUAUUAAGAAUUGAUUUGGAUAAUCCAUUAGAAGUUGAAGAGAUAGAGAUCGUACGUAAAGCAAACGAAGGCAAAGUGAGGCAAAUCUUUUUUGACCCCACAGGGAGGCAUUUGAUUAUCACAACUGAAAACGGUGAAAACUACUAUCAUUUUGUAAAGUGGAAACGAACAAAACCAUUAACGAAAUUCAAGGAGAUUACGAUUACGUCUGUUGCUUGGAACAAGCAAGCAACCAUUACAGACUCCUCUACUCGAGAAAUACUAGUUGGUACAAAGAACGGAUUGAUUUACGAAACGUGUCUAGAGCCCGCUGAUGAAUAUUUCAAGAAAGAAGAUAAAUACUUUAAUCAAGUGUACUCUAUCCAUGAAUCGACAAUGCCUAUUACUGGACUGUAUUUCGAACAAUUUCCUGUGAACAAUCGCAAAUAUUUUGUCAUGGCUACUACACCAACGCGCAUUUACCAAUUUAUUGGGUAUGUGGGGCCAAAUAGUAGCAGUAGUGCUGUGAAUGUGAAUAACUUUAGUACCGGAAGCAGCGAUAAGAUGAAUGAUGAAAAGGGCGAACGUGCGAUGUUUGAGAAUUUAUUCUCCAAAUAUGAAGUUAAUCCAGGUUAUCAGGAAUUGCCAGGCGAACUUCCUCAUAGUAAACUGCACUUUUUUAGUCGUUUCCAUGAACUACAGCAACAGGGUAUUGCAGAAUCAUUCGCUUGGUUGACAGGACCUGGUAUCUAUCAUGGAUCGUUAGUUUAUGGCUCGCAGAACAUAGGAGAUAGUGUAGUAGAUGAUGUUCAACUUUUACAAUACCCAGCUAUACCUACAGAUGACGAAUCGAGACAUGGAGUUACAAAUGAUAUACCUAUAUCCGUGGCGUUGACAGAGUUUCACUUUAUAUUACUGUACAAGGACAGGGUCAGAGCAAUUUGUCAACUAAAUGAUCAGAUAGUAUAUGAGGAAAUGAUACCCACAGCAAGUGAUGAAGCUGUUAUUGGCAUGACUGUAGAUGAUAUCAAAAAGACUUUCUGGAUUUAUACGACACUCGCUAUGUAUGAACUUACAAUCAACAAUGAAGAACGUGAUGUCUGGAAAUUGUACUUGGAGAAACAGCAAUACAAUGCUGCUCUUCGUUAUUGUAAGGAUGCUGCUCAAAAAGAUAAAGUAGCUACUGUUCAAGCAAGAGAUUAUUUCGGACAACGCCGGUUCAAGAUGAGCGCCGAGAUUUUUGCAGAGAGUACUGUGCCAUUCGAAGAAGUCGCGUUAAUGUUUGUUGAAAAGGAUGAAAUAGAUGCGCUUAGAGUUUAUCUGUCGCAUAAAUUGAGUCGUUUACGAAAGAAUGAUCAAACGCAAAAGACAAUGUUGGCUACAUGGCUGGUGGAAAUCUACCUUUCAAAACUGAAUGAAUUAGAAGAUAUGGUGUCGUCAUCUCAUACUUCACUAAGCUCUUCGGAAGGGCUGAGUAUAGUGCCAAACUCUGAAGCAUAUUAUCUUGAUCAAUUGGACGAAGUGCGCGAUGAAUUUAGGCAAUUUUUGGAAAGCUACAAUGGAAACCUCCACAGACCUACAACGUACAAUUUGAUGACUAGUUAUGGACGGGACGACGAAUUCUUAUUCUUUGCUUCAUUAAUCGGAGAUUAUGAAAAAGUCAUUGGUUAUUGGGUCAAGGAAAAAAACUGGUCGAAAGCCCUAGCUGUUCUUAGCAGAGAGGCCGAUCCCGAUGUAUUUUACAGAUUCUCUCCAGUUUUAAUGGAAAAUGAUCCAUAUGAAACAAAUCAGGCAAUACGUUAUUUGUCACACGUUGUCACUACCCUGAACAAUAUUGAUCCAGCUAUCCAUAAUCUGCUCUUAUCACUUUAUGCUACCCAAAAAACGACAGAUGAAACAGCUUUAUUGACUUUUCUAAAGAACGAGGGCCGACAAAUGCAUUAUAACCUAGAUUAUGCAUUGAGACUGUGCACACAAAAUGGAAGAACUCAAAGUUGUGUACAUAUUUAUAGUCAAAUGGGUUUAUAUGAAGAAGCAGUGAAUCUAGCUCUAAAGAAUAACGACAUGGAAUUGGCACGGAUUAAUGCUGACAAGCCGGAAGACGAUACUCCCCUCCGAAAGAAACUUUGGCUGUCCAUCGCCAAACAUGUUGUACAAGAAAAUAAAGAUAUUAAAUCUGCGCUAGAAUUUUUAAAGCAAAGUAACUUGUUGAAGAUAGAAGACAUACUACCAUAUUUCCCAAACUUUGUGGUUAUAAACGACUUCAAAGUAUGUGAUUUUGAAUAA